AUGACAAUGGAGGAGGCUGACAAGACAUCGGAUAUGCCGGGACUGCUUGAGGACCUGACGGCAAACGGCACCUAUAUCCUACAGCUUAUGACAUCACGGAAACGACAUGAAAUGUUGUAUUUCGAGCAGGCCCUGACGCAACGUAUUCAUGAAGAUGUCCAUCAGAAAGUCGAUAUUAGGAAUAUGGUUCAGAACAAGAGUGGCUGUAACAAAAAACUGUCUCACUCCUUCGGUGCUGUCCUAGGGACAGGAACAACCGUGUUUUCCGGACCGUAUUCCUACGCCAUAGUCUUCGUAGACCAGCUUGAUAAACCCGAAUUUCUAGUCAAUGGAGAGAUUCUAGAAAACAACCAGCUCGUUCACUGCCAUGACCCAAUUUGCGUCUCGGUCAACUCUGGAAGGUUGGUGGUAUUUGCGUUCGCAUUCCACAAAGCCUGA